CAUCUCCUCUCUCCGCUUUCGAUCCAAUUCUCCUAUUUUGCUAAUCUAUGCAACUUCUAUUUUUAUAUAUGCAUGUUAAUGCGGGUCUGUUGAUGAACUUGAUUAUAGAUGCGUUAAGUUGUUUGUUGAACGUGAUUUCUUUACAGUAAUUAGAUCUGAGAGACUGUGCUUGUGGUACGGUGAUUGAGGAAGAUGUUGACGAAGUUCGAGACCAAAAGUAAUAGAGUGAAGGGACUUAGUUUCCACAGCAAGAGACCGUGGAUCCUUGCGAGUCUUCACAGUGGCGUGAUCCAGCUAUGGGACUACCGAAUGGGGACCCUGAUUGACAGAUUCGAUGAGCAUGACGGGCCUGUUCGAGGUGUUCAUUUCCAUAAAUCUCAGCCUCUCUUUGUUUCUGGAGGGGAUGAUUACAAGAUUAAGGUUUGGAACUACAAGUUGCACAGAUGUUUGUUUACUCUUUUAGGACACCUUGAUUAUAUUCGUACAGUGCAAUUUCAUCACGAAAACCCAUGGAUUGUGAGUGCUAGUGAUGACCAGACCAUUCGCAUUUGGAACUGGCAGUCACGUGCCUGUAUUUCUGUUUUAACUGGGCACAACCAUUACGUUAUGUGCGCUUUGUUCCACCCAAAAGAGGAUCUUGUCGUGUCAGCCUCGUUGGAUCAGACCGUUCGUGUAUGGGAUAUUGGUACCCUCAAGAGGAAGUCAGGGUCUCCGGCAGAUGACGUACUGCGACUGAGUCAAAUGAACACAGAUCUCUUUGGUGGCGUUGAUGCGGUUGUUAAGUAUGUCUUGGAAGGUCAUGAUCGUGGUGUCAAUUGGGCUUCAUUUCAUCCUACUUUGCCUCUCAUUGUCUCAGGAGCUGAUGACCGGCAAGUGAAACUCUGGAGGAUGAAUGACACUAAAGCAUGGGAAGUUGACACGUUGAGAGGGCACAUGAAUAAUGUUUCAUGCGUUAUGUUCCAUGCCAGACAUGAUAUCAUUGUGUCAAAUUCUGAGGAUAAAAGCAUUCGGGUAUGGGAUGCAACAAAGCGGACUGGAAUUCAAACAUUCCGCCGUGAGCAUGACCGAUUUUGGAUACUUGCAGCACAUCCUGAAAUGAAUCUGUUGGCUGCUGGUCAUGACAGUGGCAUGAUUGUCUUUAAGCUGGAGAGAGAAAGGCCAGCUUUUGCAGUUAGUGGUGACUCUCUGUUCUUCACGAAAGAUAGGUUCUUGCGUUUUCAUGAAUUUUCAACACACAGAGAGACACAAGUACUCCCAAUUCGACGACCUGGUUCUUUAAACCUCAAUCAAAGCCCAAAGACUCUUUCUUACAGCCCAACUGAAAAUGCAGUUCUUCUAUGUUCAGAUGUUGAUGGUGGAUCUUAUGAGUUGUACUCUAUAUCCAAGGAUAGUUUGGGCAGGGGUGAUAUGCAAGAAGCAAGGAGAGGACUUGGAGGAUCUGCUGUCUUUGUGGCUCGAAACAGAUUUGCUGUGCUUGACAAAAGCAGCAACCAAGUCCUAGUAAAGAAUUUGAAGAAUGAGCUCGUUAAAAAAAGUGCUCUCCCAAUUCCCACCGAUGCUGUUUUCUAUGCAGGAACAGGGAACUUGCUGUGUAGGUCAGAAGACAGGGUUGUUAUAUUUGAUCUUCAGCAGAGGAUUAUUGCUGGUGAUCUUCAAACCCCUUUUAUUAAGUAUGUCAUCUGGUCUAAUGAUAUGGAAAAUGUUGCCUUGCUCAGCAAACAUGCCAUUAUUAUUGCAAGCAAGAAGCUUGUUCACCAGUGCACACUCCAUGAAACAAUUCGUGUAAAAAGUGGAGGCUGGGAUGACAAUGGCGUAUUUAUUUACACAACAUUAAAUCACUUAAAAUACUGUCUUGCUAAUGGAGAUAGUGGAAUAAUUAAAACACUUGAUGUCCCAAUUUAUAUUACGAAGGUUUCUGGGAACACAAUAUUCUGCUUGGAUCGGGAUGGUAAAACCAAAUCUGUUGUCAUUGAUGCAACUGAAUAUAUUUUUAAACUCUCUCUGUUAAAGAAAAGAUAUGACCUUGUCAUGAGUGUGAUAAGGAAUUCACAGCUUUGCGGGCAGGCUAUGAUUGCUUAUCUACAACAGAAAGGAUUUCCUGAGGUUGCCCUCCAUUUCGUGAAAGAUGAGAGAACUCGGUUUAAUUUGGCUUUAGAGAGUGGGAACAUUCAAACUGCAGUUGCAUCGGCUACAGCAAUUGAUGAGAAAGAUCAUUGGUAUCGUUUGGGGGUUGAGGCACUUCGUCAAGGAAAUGCAGGUAUAGUAGAGUAUGCAUACCAGAGGACCAAAAAUUUUGAGAGACUGUCUUUCCUUUAUCUCAUCACCGGUAACAUGGAAAAACUUUCCAAGAUGCUGAAAAUCGCUGAAGUUAAAAAUGAUGUGAUGGGUCAGUUUCACAAUGCCUUGUAUCUGGGUGAUGUCUACGAGCGUGUUAAGAUUUUGGAAUCGGUGGGCCACCUGCCUCUUGCUUAUGUCACUGCAUCAAUCCAUGGGCUACAUGACGUUGCUGAACAUAUUGCAACUGAACUUGGGGAGAAUGUCCCACCUUUGCCUGCUGAAAAAACGCCGUCCCUUUUGAUUCCACCAUCACCUGUCAUGUGUGGUGGUGAUUGGCCACUUCUAAGGGUCAUGCGAGGCAUAUUUGAAGGGGGCCUUGACAAUAUUGGUCAGGCUUCUGCUGAUGAAGAGUAUGAGGCUGCUGAGGGGGAUUGGGGGGAGGAGCUUGACAUGGUUGAUGUGGAUGGUUUACAAAAUGGAGAUGUUGCCGCAAUUUUGGAGGAUGGAGAAGUGCGUGAAGAUAAUGAUGAAGAGGGUGGAUGGGAGAUGGAAGAUUUAGAGCUGCCUCCUGACGCUAACACUCCAAAAGCUUCCUCUGGUAUGCGAUCUUCAGUUUUUAUUGCCCCACAACCUGGCAUGCCAGUUAGCCAGAUAUGGAUACAGAGGUCAUCUCUUGCAGCUGAUCAUGCUGCUGCUGGAAAUUUUGAUACUGCAAUGCGGCUAUUGAACCGACAACUUGGCAUAAAAAAUUUUGCCCCAUUGAGAUCCAUGUUUCUUGAUCUUUAUACCAGCAGUCAUUCCUAUCUGCUUGGAUUUUCAUCUGCUCCGAUAAUAACACUUGCAGUUGAAAGAGGUUGGACUGACUCAUCUAGUCCUAAUGUAAGAGGCCCACCAGCUCUUCCUUUCAAAUUGUCCCAGUUGGAUGAAAAGCUCAAAGCUGGUUAUAAGUUAACAACGGCCGGGAAAUUCACUGAAGCUCUACGGUCAUUCAUUAAUAUCCUUUAUACAAUCCCUUUGAUCGUUGUUGAGUCAAGGAGAGAUGUCGAUGAUGUGAAGGAAUUGAUUGUCGUAGUCAAGGAGUAUGUUUUGGGUCUGAAAAUAGAGCUGAAGAGGAGGGAAAUUAAGGAUGACCCCGCACGUCAGCAGGAACUUGCAGCAUAUUUCACCCAUUGCAACCUCCAGGCCCCUCACUUGAGGCUGGCUUUGCUGAAUGCAAUGUCUGUCUGCUACAAGGCAAAGAACCUUGCCACAGCUGCUAACUUUGCCAGGAGGCUCCUCGAGACUAAUCCUACUAUUGAAAACCAGGCUAAGACAGCUAGACAAGUACUGGCAGCUGCAGAAAGGAAUAUGACUGAUGCCACACAACUGAACUAUGAUUUCCGAAACCCAUUUGUGACCUGUGGUGCAACCUAUGUGCCAAUCUAUCGAGGACAGAAGGACGCCUCAUGCCCAUAUUGUAUGUCCCGUUUUGUGCCAAGCCAGGAAGGGCAGCUUUGUGCUGUGUGUGAUGUUGCGGUGGUAGGUGCUGAUGCUUCUGGAUUACUUUGUUCACCUUCCCAAGUAAGAUGAUUGCUCUGUUGGUCUAUAGGAGCAUUUUUCAAUUCAUUUCUGGCUAGGCUUCUGCUAAAGGUGCAAGCCCAUUGGUCAAGUAAUAUGUCCUGGUAGGAAUUAGAUAUAGUCCCGGAAGAAAUUCUGUUUGAAUGAAUUUCUUCAUGCCCUUUUUGUUUUUUUUUUAAUUUCCUCCUUUUACUUCCCCUUUUUAUUAAAUUGAAAAUUUUCUCAUUGUAACAAAACUGUCACACUGUUGGUUGGGUUAGUUUUCCGUACAGAAGGGUGAGGGGCCGCACUUUGAUGCGAUGAUGGGUUCUCGGGUACAAAACUUGCUUGAGUUGCGGUUCUUGCAGAUUUAUUCGGCGAAAUGCAUUUCAUUUGUUUCUAGUCGAGGUUACAUUCCUUUAGUUGUAAGACAUUGCUUCCUCUAUCAUAAUUAAAUAACUCCCUAUUCUUUA